AUGAAAGUUGAAAUGACAUGUAACGUAACUAGUUUUCUUGUGGUAGAACACAGUAGAACCACAGUACGUGAACGCAGCACGCGGUCGGUUUCUACGGCAACGCUUGUUAACAGAGAGGACGAUGGUUUACAUCACAGAGGAGCUGGUCCGCCAGCGGGCCGAGCACAACGAGGGCCAGAUCUUCUCCCUGGAGGAGGUUUCUCUGCACCAGCAGGACAUCGAGAGGAUGGAGCACAUCGACAGGUGGUGCAGAGACCUGAGGAUCCUCUACCUGCAGAGCAACCUCAUCUCCAGGAUCGAGAACGUCGGCCGCCUGAAGAAGCUGCAGUAUUUGAACCUGGCCUUGAACAACAUUGAAGUCAUUGAAAACCUUGAAGGCUGCGAGAGCCUGCAGAAGUUGGACCUGACGGUGAACUUCGUGGGCUGCCUGAGCAGCGUUGAGUCCCUGCAGCACAACGUGCUCCUCACAGAGCUCUUCCUGACGGGGAACCCCUGCACUCAGUUUGAGGGCUACCGGCACUACGUGGUGGCCGCGCUGCCUCAGCUGCAGUGGCUGGACGGGACGGAGAUCAGCCGGACGGAACGGCUUCGGGCCUCUCAGCGGCUGGAGGAGGUGAGGAGGCGAGUGAGGGAGCAGGAGGAGGAGCACUUGAGGAGGAGAGCCAAGGAGAAGGAGGAGGAGAUGAGGAAGAAAGGAGGCGAGGAGAAGAAGCCGGGCUCCGACGGCCGCUGGUACACCGACAUCAAGGCGCCAGCGCCUGAGGAGGACCAGGAGGAGAACCAGGAGACAGAGGAGAACCCGGCACCCAGCGACCCGGAGGAGGAGGAGCGGUUGGAGAAGGAGUUCUGGCACACGCCGUGCGCAUUCACGCCCGAGUCCCGCCUGGAAAUGCACCGCCACCUGGAGGAGAAGAAGAAGGCCAAGGAGAAGCAGACACAGAAGAAGACGGCGGCCCCCCCUCGGACGCUGAUCACCGCUGAAGGACGAGUCCUAAACAUCAACGAGCCGAAACUGGACUUCAGUCUCUCUGAGGAUGAAGAAAACAACUCCAUCGUGUUGACCCUGCAAGUCUACAGACACAUGGACACCUCCCUGAUGGACGUAGAUGUCCAGCCAACCUACGUCAGAGUCAAAGUCAAGGGAAAGAUAUUUCAGGUGGUCCUGCCGGCCGAAGUGAAGCCCGACAGCUCGACGGCUCGGAGGUCCCAGACCACGGGUCACCUGGUCCUCAGCAUGCCGCGGGCUGACGGUGAAAUCAAAGUGAUGAAGAGCGCCCCCCGCUGGACGCCACGCCGCAGCAUCUCGCCCAGGGGCCGCAGCAGAACAGAACCCGAGAGGCUGGAGGCGGAGCCCAGCAGGCGCACGCACAUCGACCUCGCCAACAUCGUGCGGCGCCCCGGCGCCCAAGAAGGCCCGCUGGAAACGCCCGGUACGGAGCCACCCACCGCCGCCGGUCACUGCGGCUUCUCCCAGGGGUUCAUGGACGACCCCGACGUGCCCCCCCUGGUGUAGAGGGUGAGACAAGGGGACGCGUCUGUCCUCUAAGGUUCUUCCCCCCCGUAGACUCUCCAACACGUGAGGAGACACUUCACUUCCUGUCACAGCUCAAUGAAACCAACAAUAAAUGAAUAAAAGUCUUUGUAUCUCAAACAACAUCCUUGUCCGACCCCUUUUUUUUGGCCACGCCCAUAUUCAAUCCGGCUUGGUGCUUCGUCCUCGCCGCUCCCCUUCCAGCGUCCUGCGGGACUUUGACCGGACGACCUGGAGGGACACGAGGUCCUAAACCGCGUCUCUAAAGUCCACUCGUCUCUCCUCUGGAGCUCCGCUGAGGUCUCCUCGCUAUUUGUCAGAAACCAAAGCUCGCAGGUCGCGCCUCCUCUCUCCUCAGCGAGCAUCUCCAGGUCCUCCAGAGGUCCUUUAGUUUCCCUGCGGACAGAUCGUCUCUCCUCAUGGCGGGAUUCUGUAGCUUCUACUCGUCCAGACGUGUAGUUGGGCAGCUUUUCUUCCGGGGGUGGGACUUAGCGAGGGGUCAAUUGCUUCUUUUUUGGAGACCUGUCCAUCAGCGCGUAGCCCCGCCCUAAAGCAUUCCCUGCUUUAUGGUCUGUUAGAGACCUGUCAAUCACAUUUCAACAACAGAACAGUUGUCUUCAGAC